UUCCACCUCAUUGUAGCAGCUGGACUCCUUGUCUUGGAUCCUCAUCCUCUUCUUCUUCUUCUUCAUUACCUCUAUAAAUAGCAGCAAUUCCUUCAUCUUCUUUCACACCAAAACCUUUUACCUUCGUUUACCCAAGACUAAUCCAAAGAAGAAGUUGUUUAAUAUAUAUACCUUGGUUAUUUCCAUUUCUUGCUAGCUGUUGCUGCUACUACUGCUUCAUUGUCUUUCCGUUUCUUGAUAGAAAAAAUGUAUCAGACUGAGUCAUCCUGGGGGUCUUACAUGCCACCAAGAAACGUGGGUGACCCAUUGGAACGCAUAGAGAGGCUAGCUUCAGAGAAUGCAGUGGUGAUCUUCAGCAUAAGCACAUGCUGCAUGUGUCAUGCUAUAAAGAGGCUGUUUUGUGGCAUGGGGGUGAACCCAACAGUGCACGAGCUCGACGAAGACCCUAGAGGAAAGGAGAUGGAGAAGGCUCUCAUGAGGCUUCUUGGGAGUUCAUCUGCUGUUCCUGUUGUGUUCAUUGGCGGAAAGCUUGUGGGUGCCAUGGAUAGAGUCAUGGCUUCUCAUAUUAAUGGUACUCUUGUGCCUCUUCUCAAGGAUGCUGGUGCUCUCUGGCUCUGAUCACUGAUCACUACUCUAUGUCUCUUCUUGAAAUGAUAUUCUAAGGAAAAAGAACACAAAAAAAAAAAACAAAAAAAAAAAAGCGAAAAUGAUGACUCUAUAGUAAAGAAAGCAGAGGAAGAGGAGUGGUUUUUGCGAGUGAUCUCCUCCAUUUUGGAUACUAAUCAAAUGAUGUAUUAGUUUUCCUGCUUCUUGUUUGUCUUCCUUUUCUUUUUUUUUUGGGUUUGCCUUGCGUUUUCCCUAAUCUGGGCCUCUGAGAGAAAUGUUAUGUAAUUGCUCCCUCCUCUGUAUAGAAAGAAAAUAAAAAAAAAAGUUCUACUUGUUUA